GCUAAUAUUUCUGUGGGUCCACCAACUUGUCCUGCAGAUAUUGGUAGUGAAUGUGGCGUUGGUACGGGUGAAUGGAAAGGGGAAUUCUUUUCUGGCAUUCCCAAGAUUAAGUAUGAGGUAAAAGCCAUCUUGGAAAAUGAAAACAUGAGAUGCAUGUUAGAUAAAUUGCUUCAUCGACAUUCAAUGUUUUUUAUUUAA